AAUUUAUUUUUCGAAACAACAUUCCUUCUAACUAUUAUAAAUAUGAAACUGCUUGGAUUGGGGUUGCAAUUGGCCAAACGACGUCAAUCCUCAUGCGCCAGUGGAUGCCAUCAACCGUACGAUGCAUUGCCUCCAUGUCCGCCCAAGCCGAUGUGGACAGGCGGGCGAGUUUUGGUCUUUUCAAUGGUAACAUUUGGGGCUGGAGUUUACACGGGCGUUUACGUAUCGCAGAAUUAUGAAGUAGCUCGAGUGGACGAUCCGCAAAAAUUAAUAGAAAGAAUGAAUCGUAAAAUCGCCGAGCUAUUCGAGGGAAAGAAAAAGUAACGUUCAAAUAUGGCUCCAUAAAUACAAAUUUUCAACCAGGCCAGGCAGUUUUAAAUUUAGUUUAUCAUAAUGUAGCCUUGACUCACGGAUAAAAAAUACCAAUCUGUCUAAAAACGAACAUCAAGCAAGGCCGGAUUAAACAUAAAGUGAAGAUCGAAAAAUCAAUUAGCAGCUAAUCAAAUUUGCAAAUUAAAUUUUAUAUAAUUAUAAAAAUCAAAUUAUAAUAAUUUCGACAUCAUGUUCAAAAUUAAUACUUCCUAUUGAAAAUAGUAGACAACAAUAAAUCAAUGCUUAUUA